AUGAUGGAGAAGGGCCUUUUUUUGUCCGCCGCAUUGUAUAAAAUCGAAGUAUUAAUUAUUUUGCUGUGUAGGCUUCGUCGCCGUGUGAUCAUGAAAUUAUUCGGAAUCGUGCUGUGCUUCGCGGUGGUUUUCGCUGCUGAAGAAAAAGGACCGAAGGUGACGGAGAAGGUGUGGUUCGACAUCACGAUUGGUGGUGAGCCUGCUGGUCGGGUUGAGAUCGGCCUUUUUGGAAAAACUGUGCCGAAAACCGUUCGAAAUUUCAAGGAACUUGCUGAGAAGCCAGAGGGCGAGGGUUUCAAAGGAUCUUCUUUCCAUCGAGUCAUUAAGGAUUUCAUGAUUCAGGGUGGCGAUUUCACGAAAGGUGAUGGAACCGGUGGACGAAGCAUUUACGGAGAUCGUUUCGAAGAUGAGAAUUUCAAAUUGAAGCAUUACGGGGCUGGUUGGUUGUCUAUGGCAAAUGCUGGUCGUGAUACGAAUGGUUCUCAAUUCUUCAUCACCACGAAAGCAACUUCAUGGCUUGAUGGUCGACACGUUGUCUUCGGAAAAGUGCUCAAAGGAAUGGAUAUUGUGAGGAAGAUUGAAGCUUCGAAAACCGAUGGAAGGGACAGGCCAGUGGCUGCUGUAAAAAUCGCUGAUUCUGGCAGUGAAACUGUUUCCGCCCCUUUUGCUGUUGAAAAGGGCGACGCCUUGGAGUGAUCUUUUUUUUUUUUUUCUUGCCUGGGAAAAUUCGCAUUCCCUCUUCAGCAUUAAGAAAUUUGUCGAUCCUCUCUUGUUAUGGUUUGAAAAUUACACAUUUGUUUGGGUUGGAGUGAAAUUGACUUGGUCUCGUAUAUUUUUCGAACGUGGACAUUGAAGAAAGGUGUCGCAGCUGAGUCGGUGUCGAUUCCUGAUACUCAUGUCCUACAUCGAAAGCCGGUUUGCGAGUUUUUGCUGGAGACUGUUCGGUUUUUUGCAGCAAAUCGCACCUGAGCUUACAGUGAUACGAAUUUGGAAAAAAGAAAAGAUAGAAAUUAUCC